GUAUAACACUUAUGUAUCUAUUAUCUAUGUCAUUAUAAAAAGAAUUGGAAAAUAUUUAGUUUUAUAAAUCUUGCACAAAACAAAACCAAUCCAAAAUUCUAUUGUUUUGAGUUCUUAUACAUACUUCAAAAUGCAUAUUCUUGCUAAAUCAGCAAUCAGUUGGGUUCUCCUGUUUAUCUGCGCCGUGGGAAAUGUGACAUCUCAAGACGUCGUGCUAGAAGGAAUUGCCCUCUCCGAUUGGGGAGUUUGGGGAGAAAUGGAGCUGUGCCCUCCUGGAAGCUUUGUUUAUGGAAUGCGACUCAAAGUACACCAGGAUCAAGGAGCAUUUGAGGAUGAUACUGCACUCAACGGGAUAGAGCUUUUGUGCAUUUCUGGCGCAGCGAGUAAACAGCGGAACAACACGGCGUCAUUAACCCGACAAGAUUUUGGAACCGUUAGCUCUAGCGUUGGUCAUAAAGGGGAUUUUGGUCUGUUUGUAGAGUGUCCAGAUCCAUGGUUUGUUAAUGGAUUUCAAUUCAGAUCAGAACGACCAGAUCUGAUCGGACCAUUGGGCGAUGAUACUGCGGGAAAUAAUAUCCGACUAAUUUGUAAUGAUGUUGAUUUUACCGUGUUGGAAGGAUAUGGAACCGGUUGGGGCGACUGGACAGCGGAACUGAAAUGUCCAAGGGGGCUAAGGAUUUGUGGAAUUCAGACAAGAGUGGAAGGCCCAAAUGGAGAUGACGACACUACUUUGAAUGAUCUCAACAUGGGAUGUUGCACAGUGGGUUAAACUAUCACCAAGUUCAUUACUUCUGUAUUACUUAUCCUUGAAAUAUGCAUCAUACGUAUCUGUAAAGAAAUUAUUACAGCAGUAAUAAAAUACGAACCACGUCAUAGCAUCAAUUAAAAA